GAGGCAAUAUCUGAGAAAUGCACAGCAGAAAAUGAGAUGACAGUUGACUUCACAAAUGUUUUGGAAAUUCCUGUUGCGUAAUCCUAAGGAAGUCUUACAGCUCGUUUGGGGCUAUAAAUACAGAGAGAUGGAAGUUUAAAGCAAUCCAAGUUUUUCUGGCAGCACAUCCGACCCAACGUUAAGAAGAGCCACUGGUGAACGAAUCAGCAAGAAACAACACAAGAAUGAACUGCAAGACCGCUGUCAUUGUUGGGGUACUCCUCCUGUGCUGUGUGACUGCGCUGGAAGCCAUAUCCUUAUCCAGAAUGGAGUUGAGGUGCCAGUGUAUAAAUAAAGAAUCACGAUUCAUCCAUCCAAAGAAUAUGAAAAAUGUGGAACUCAUUCCUAGUGGUCCACACUGCCAAGAUGUAGAAGUCAUCAUAACAAUGAAGACUGGAGGCCAGGUCUGUGUCGAUCCAAAUGCCCCCUGGGUAAAGUUGAUCAUCGACAGAAUGUUGGAAAGUUCCAAAUCAACUCCUCUUCCAGCUUUGUGAAGGAUAAUCAAGUUGAAAUCCACAGCACUUGAAGAUGUACAAUAAAGAUGUUCAAGCUUAUUUAUCUUUAUUUAAUUUGGUUAAGAUGUGUACAAUUAUGAAACUGUACUAUUUUAAUUAUUUAUAUAUUUAUUUAAAAAAAGACAAUCAUUUGCACAUUUGAAAAUAAUAUUUAAUAUGAAUGUCUGAUACCAGAAUCUUCCACAAAGAUGUUGUGACCAGAAUUAAAUGAUGUGUCUUCUGUAGUUUUGUACAGUGAGAAGAUGUCUUCAUUUUUUGAAAGUUUGUAUAUUUUAAGCUAAGAAAACUUUAGAAAAGUAUAUAAACCUUGGGGAUUGUUGUUUGGACUUGAUCUGUUACUGGUUUAUGUAGUAUAUUCAGGUCAAGAAAGCAUUUAACCUUUGUACAGCUAGUGCCAAAGACAUGACGGAAGGAGAGCUUUUCUAAAACCAAAUAGAAGAAUGUGACUGUAAGGGGCAGAUUCCUGCUCACUGAAACCCAUCUACUGCAGUUAUUACCACCUUACCUUAAUUGGAAUGCUAUGAGGGAUACUGUAUCACAAUUUGUGCUACACAGCUCUGAAAGUGGCUUAAGUCUAUGUGAGUGUGUUUAUGUGUUUGUGUGUGUGUGCGUGGACAUACAUGUGUGCAAGUGUGGGGUGUCAUCUUUCUGAAUAGUAAAGGAAGGGAACAGUUUAUUAAUUUGAAAUAAGUCCUGUCAUAUGGAUUUAUCAAAAGAUCUAAUAUUACUGAUAACCAGAUUAAAUUUGUUUAGAAAUAUGUUUGUAUAAAUUAAUCAUGGUAAUUUUGCUUGGAAAUAUGUUUGUGCAAAUUAAUUUAAAAUAUGUGAUCAUUUAUUUAUUUACUUUUUAUGCAAAAUGAAAUGCUUUUUUAAGGAUUCUUUUUCAACUGAAUAUAAGUGGAGAGGAACUCCAAAUAAUAAUCAUUUGCUUCCUUCUUUAAUAAAAGCAGCAAAUGUGGUAACAUAACAGUCAUUGACUGCACAUGGAAACAGUAAGACUGAAAAACUUUUUGUAAAGAAAAAAAAAACAUUGGUUUGGACUCAGCUUCUAGUUCACCAGUCUAGUAGAAUAAUUAUUCAGUCCAUCUUUUUCUAUACAAAGCAGCAGUUCAUUCUAAAAUAAGCAAGACCUAGAAGCACAUUGCUCCGUAUAUAUUUCCCUUAUGACUUUAUGAAGCUUGAUAAAUGCUUCAGAAGGAGGUUAUUGUGAAUUUUUACUUUCAGACAGGUUAUCGUUUUAAUUAUUGCACUUUGUUGUUGACUAUUCUUAGUGGGAGAGAACCAUGAUGCUGAAUUUAGGGGAAAAGAUUUAUGCAAAAAGUUAAGCUAGGAACUAUUGUGUUAUUUUAUUUAGACAGUUUAAUUUAAGCAUUUAAAACAAUUCCCUUGUAUAUGUGAUUCUUUAUCUAUGUCAUCCAGUAUUUAUUUAUUUAUUUAUUUGCUGAAUUUCAAGUUUGUUAUAAUUUAUUGUUUUUGACUUACUAUGUAUUAAAUGAUUCUUUCAGAAACUAUGCAAAUAUUUAUCUUAUAAACAGAAUUAUAAAAAAGUU